AAUAGGAGAUAGAAAAACCCAACUGCAGAAUCUGUAUGAUUUGGUUAGUUUCCCAAUAUGGUAAAAUAAAUAGUUUCAUACUGAAACAUGGUAAUACAUGUAGAAUGUGAACUUAAUCAUAGGCAUACCAGUAAGUCUAGUGCAAAAUUUGAAGCCUUCUUAAUAGAAUACCAACUAUAUAUUCCUCUCUUCUCUGUCAAAGGAUUUAAAUAUAUGUAGCAUUUUAAAUAUCUAUCUAUUCUUAGGUAUUGAUUGAAUGUGCAUAAGAUCACUGCAGCCUACUUCAAGUCUCUUUACUUUCCUGCUAUAUUAAUCUAUAGCCAGAAUGUGAAGACAGGCUUGCCAUAUAAUUUACCAGGUUAGAAAAGGUUGUACUACUAAAUGGCAGGAAGGCAAUGGAAUCAGAACAGAAGAUCCUUUUUAGGACCAACACAGGAAGUUCCAUUUUAUUUAAUUAUUGGUUUGAUUUAUAUGCUGCCCUUUUCCGGAGAUUCAGAGCGGCUUACAAUGCGUUAAGCAAGGCUUAACCAUAAGGCUGCUGUCCAUCCAGCUUAUUAUUCACAUAUCUGACUUAUUGACUGACACAUCUUUGUGCCUUGCCAAGAUUCCACAUAGGAUUCCUCCUUAUCUGGAAGUGUGCAGAUCUGAACCUGGGAACCUCUGCAAGCAAAGCCUAUAUGAUGCUGCCGUACCAUAACUCUUCCUUUUUCCAUCCCAUUGUAAAAAUUACAUAUUACUGGUAUAUAGAAGCAUCAGUAGACCAGUAAACAAAACAAUCCAUAUUUUGUUGAUUUACUUACUAGUAGUUAUUCUUCAAGGGACGUGGUGGCUCAGUGGCUAAUAAAGGUAAAGUAGAACCCACCCCUGGCACACAUACUGUAUACAGUUACAAGCUCCUAGAAAUGGUUAUUUACUCAUUUACCAUAUAUCGAAAGUCUUAUAGUUCAUAUUUAGCUAUAAUCUGCUUCUCUACAAACUCCACCCAUAAGUUCCUGUUCUCUAUAGACUAGCAAAAUCCAGUGCAGCUCUGAAUGUGCCUGAAUCACCAUAUAGCUUCAUGUUUAGCCCUACAAAUGGCCAUUUAACUUCCUUAUUUUUUGAUGGUUGUGAGGCUCUGGGAAUGUGUGCAUAGUUCAUGCAUCUCUCUCUUGCUUGAAAGCUUAUGUUUUAAAUUAAAUUUGUUAGAUGAAAAAGCGGUUAUGACAGAGUGACGUUUUGCCCAAUAGACUAACAUGACACUCAUCUUACAAUGCUGUAUCAUAGGAUUCCACAAUCUGAGAACAGAGUCCGUGUGCAUGUUUUCUUCUAGACUUAACAGCAAGUUGAGCAUCUAUCCUGAAAACUUUAUUUAAAAUCUACAUUAAGUUUUGAAAUCUUCCAUUUGGAACUGAGCCAGUGCCACCCAGUUGGCUUUCAUGCCUAAGAGAGGCCUACAGUCUCACAGUCUCUUGCUUUUUAAAACAGUACCUGUUAUUCCAGUGAUACAGCAUUCUGCUAUAGUGAGUUGUGAUCUCCGUCUCAUGUUGUAGAAAUGGGGUACUAAAAAGUUAUGAUUGUGGUUGUGACUGUGUGAUCAAACAUCCACUCCCUUUUUGCAUGCAAUACACCUAAAAAGGGUGUAUCCCAUGAUCACAGCCACCAUCUUGAAUUUUUUGAAACCUCUCUAAGGAUUCCCCUGAAUGGAUAGUUAUGACUGGAUGGAUGGAUGGAGCAGUAUGUAUGUAUGUAAGCCCUACAUGCUACAGUAUAUAUCAAAUCCUUGUGUUGUUAUUUUUCUACCUUGGUCCUUGAUGAUGAUUAAGGUAUUCUAAUCCUAAUUGGUGGCAGCAAAAUUGCAGUUGGGUAAGGGACAAGCUCACCUUGUAGCUGCCAAACCAACCUUCCAAAAGCUUCAUUUGACUGAUCUUUGCUUUAUUCCAGCUGUUACAUCCAGAAAACCUUUUUUUCACAGAAUAAAAGUGGCAGAGAGAUGCAGUAAAAUGAGGACUGUCUGUUUCACAAACCUUGCAGACAGGAAGCCUCAUUAAACAGCCUCUUUUGCCAUUGUUCUGUGCCUUUCAAAGGAAAUAUCUAGACUUUAUUUAAAGCAGGAACCAGGCAGACAGGUAUACAGAGAAAUCUGUCAAAUAAAGCUGAUGGGGGAAGGGUAGUGAGAGGCUGCAGCUGCAGCCAUGAAUUAAAAGGGCUGGGCUUAUCCGUAUUGGGGCUGCUUUGUGCUGAAGGCAGACUCCUUCUCUGGAAAGACAAGGUCAGGCUGAAGCAGAGAGGAUAAAAAUGGUGUCGGCUGGUUCCCAGGUUACUGGAUGGGAGGGAUGCAAUUGUCAUUGCCGUGUGGAACGGACUGAUCUAAGGUGCUGAAGGGCUCUUUAAUUAAUGCUGAGCGGUUGUGUUUGAAGCUAGAAGAUUUCCUUUGGAUGCUCCUGUCCCUUGCCUCUCCUAGGGGAUGCCCCAGUUCACUUUUGCUUGCUUCUGUGGACUCCAUGGCUUCUGCAAGAUGAAGAGGAAACAUGAGGAGUCCAGUUCUGAGCAAGAAACUGCUGUUUGAAAAGAGAAGGCUUUUCUUUUCGGGGUUCACUUAAAUGUGAAUUGGAAAAGCAUGCUUACUGCAAUAAUUUGAUUAUGGAGGUGGAGGAGAAAUGACUCAAUACAAAGGACAAACAUUACAAAGGAACAUCCAAAAUCUGUCUGGGGAAAUGGCCGUUCUACAGUUUCCUAGUUUGAAUUACAUUGACCUCUAGAGACUCUAGAUAUUGAUGGUUUUUUAAAAAAUUCAAUUAAUUUAUCGAGAUACAUCAGCCAUCUCCAAACUGGAAUGUUUUAUAAAUAAUGGACAAUAAGCCAGCUGGGUAACUUUGGGCCAGUCACACUCUUUCAGCCCAAACCACCUCAUAGGGUUGUUGUUGUUGUGGGGAAAAUAGGAGUAUUUAAAUAUGUCCACUGCCUUGGGUUAUUUACAAAGUAGUAAAGGUGGGAUAAAAGUUAAAUAAACAAACAAGCAAGCAAACUCCCUUUCUGGCUGGGACUUGGAAUGAAGCAAGUUAAGGAAAACUACCAUAUAGAUUUCUUUAACUCUUUUGCUAGAGAAGAGCCUUUGACAAAAUCAGGCUGCCUUCUUGGUUUGGUUUAAUUCAAACACACAAUAUUGCUCAAUAAUAUUUAGAAUAAUAAAGAUGGAAUAGAUCGGUUAGUCCAUCUAGUCUGCCUCCUCUGAUAUAAUCAAGUAUAUUUGAGGUAUGGUUAAGAAGAAAGGACUGCAUUAGAUUACAAGCGAAUCCAUUUAAGGCUUGUUUGACAACACAGCAGAACAUUCAUAUGUUUGUACUGGGUUAUUUUAAUGACAGCUUUGGCAAACAUUUUGAUAUAUAAAAUCUGGUAGAUGUUCCUCUCAUGAUCGAAACGUGUUCAGCCCAUUUCAGUCACUGAAUGCAAACAAGAAAGAUAAGGUAGUUUUCAUUAAAAUUAAAAUGCUAACCAAUUCCUCUUACGUGUAAACUAUAUACAUACUAAACUUCAGCCGAUGUUUAGUUAAUUGUAGGUUUGGGUUCAUAUUUCUCUUUAAAAAUGCUGCUUUUGUAUUAAAUAAAGCAUUUUUCUCGAAUCACAGAACGACAGUUUGGAUGAAAAGGAAGCAAAAAACCCCUCUAUUUUUGUAAAAUAAGGAAGGAAAGAGUAGAAAUCAGUCCAUUUUUUUUUAGCAGAAAUAAAUGAAGAAACAUGCAGUUAAGGCACUAUGGGAAUAGUUGUCUGUGGGGAGUAGAACAAUAUAUAUGGCAUAGUCCUAUUUUCUCCAUUGUUUGCCAUGCAUUUCUUGUUGCAGAAUAAUUUUCUGUCAGUAAAGUAGGCACCUUUUCUUAGGACUUUUUGAACUUUACAAAGCAGGUAGAAAUCCCACUGACUAGAGCUACAUAAUAUGUAUUUCUAUAUAUUUAAGUUUGGGGCUAUAUACCAGGUUUUCCUGAAAAUAAGACUCUGUCUUAUAUUUUUUUAACCCUGAAAUAAGUGCUUGGCCUUAUUGCCAUGCGCUCAAAAGCCCGACUGGGCUUAUUAUCAGGGGAUGACUAUGUGGGAAACAGGGUAGUUGCAAACCUCUUACUGGUAUUCAUAAAUAUAACCUGAAAUUUUAUUUUGUUGAGACACUCCAAAAUAGUUUCCUAGGAGGCAAAACUUAGGUAAAAUUUAUAUUACUUGAAUCUAUAUAUAACUUCAACUGGUGCAAAAUGUGCUGGCAUGAACAAUUAUGUGUUCAGGUAAAAUACAUGCUCCACUCUGCUUUAGGAGUUGCAUUAGUUACCAGUCUUAGUCCAGGUCCAAUUCAAGAUGCUGGUGUUGAUCUUUAAAGCUCCUCAUGGCAUAUGACCAGGUUUUUGGAGGGACUGCCCUUCCUGGAUUUCAUUUGCCUGCCCCAACAGAUCCAGCAGGGAGGGUCUCGUACGAGUUCCAUCGGUUAAAGAGCUACAUUUGGCAGGUCCUGGCCGUGAGCCUUUUCUGAGAUGGUACCCACACUAUGGAAUCUUCUCCCUCCUGAGAGUUGUUUCUGCCAAGAAAAUGAAUUGCACUCUUUUAACAAGUUUGUGUGGCUUGAUGGAAGUAUAGAAGACAUGCACAAAGUAUGGAAAUUAAGACAGGAAAGAAAAGCCAUUCAAAUUCCUUGUAAACUCUUCUUGAAGAUUACACAAUGAUAACUAUAUGAAAUUACAUGUGACCUUCUCCCUAGUAUUCAAUAUUCUGUUUGCAUGACUAAUGCAGGAAUUUUAAACCGUGAAAAAAAAUGAAGUUAAUCCAAUAAUUCUAGUAUUGCCAACUUUGUAAUUUAAAAAUUAAUAUAUAUAUCACAUGUAUUAUAAUUUGUACAAUUACUGAAUUUCAGGAUUAUUCUAGGUAGAAAAGAUCAUUUAACAAAAUAAUUACCACAGGUACAUUUGGGAUUUUAUUUUUAGGGGGUUUUUUUUCUAUGAAGGUGAUAUAUUACUAUAAGAAAAAAUAUUUCUGAUUAGUAAUUAUUUCUGAGUUAGUAAUCAUUUUUGGGGAGAAAUGAAUUAAACUAGAAUUUAAAUGUUUUAAUUAUAUGACUGCUCAGGAUGUUGCUCUUAAAACACAAAAAUUAAGGAAUCAUAUAUUUCUUGCUCUAAUUGUACUGACAAACAACACUGUUUAAAAUGAAGUGCCUGGGUGAUCGUUACGAUAUAAAAUUAUUAAAAAUUCAAGCUUUCAAAAAAAGAUUGACAUUUACCUGAACAUUCAAACUAUAACCAUUUUUUUGCUAAUUCAUUGAUUAAAAUUUCAUUAUCGGGAUUUUUUUUUUUUUUGUUAAUACAAAAUAAGACAAAGCCAAAUCUUGCAAUACUAUAGAAGCCAAUAGACCUUAUAUAUGCAGUAUGCAAAAUUGUAUGCUGUAAUGUUUUUACAUUUGUGGUUUAUGAAAUUAUUGAUAAUAUAUAUCUAUUGAAUGUAUAUGCAGUUAGUUUGCACAAUCAAAUGUAUGGGUAACUAAAUGAUACACUUACAUAGAGACAAUACUAAUAAUUUAAUCUAUUAACUAUUGGUAAAUUUUUGAGUUAUUUAUAUAUAGAUAUAGUCUAAAUUUCACUUGAAUUAAUUAUGCUGGUGGUUAGGAAUUUACUAUUUCAUGUGGAUUCCACGAUCUGCUAUGUCCCCAGAAAUAAAUAAAUGUCACUUAGAAAUCGGCCUGAAUCAAACCAAAGGGGUGUCUGUUUGUGUGUGUCUGUGUAUGUAUGUAUGUGUGCAUAAAUAUAUACACAUACAUAAACACAUACAGUAUAUGUAUUCUGUGUGUAUACAUACACACACACAUGCAUGCAUCCAUGCACAUGUAGAGCAAGCAUGACAAGGUAGCUGUUCUCGGGGAAAGAAAUGAGACACAUGUUGAAAUGUUUUUUGUCAACCACAUGAAAGCAAGCUCUUUCUCUCUCCUGCCUCCCCUUUGAGAAGCUUUGAGAACAUUCUAUUUAAUUUCUAUACCUCUAACCACAUCUUUCUUGUGGGAACAAUAAUAUUGGCAGCUUUGAAGAUAACAGUGAUAUUGUGUGUAUUUGGGACUGAAGAUAAUACACAAAAGGUAAAUGUCACUAAGCACAACUUUAAAUCCAUUGUUUUUCAAAAAUAAGUUAAAUACAUAUUUUGUGUCUAGUUUUCAUCAAUGACCUUUCCGGAAGUGUGCCUCCUAGCAUUUGCUAAAUGAGGGGCUAAUUAUAAAGGUCCGUAUUUUCUGCUAUUGCAAUUUAAGAAUGCUGUAACUAAUUGUCAAAUUUAAAGUUGUGUCACAUGGGUGUUGCUAUUCACUCUGUUGUAGACUAGAUACCAAUAUUCCAUAUGUAAACAUUUUCAGGGGGCUUUUGGAUUAAUUGACUACACUGAGCAAUUGACACACCCAUUUCACAACAGUUAUUUAUUUAUUUGUUCAAUUUUUGCGCCACCCAUCUUGCCUGGAGGCGACUCUAGAUGGCCUAAAGUCAUUACAAAUCAAUGAAAACAUUAAAACAAUAAAUAACAUUAAAUUAGUUUAAAAUUGACAAAGAUGAGGAAGGGAGCAAGAUGCAAAGAGGGCUGGGGGUAGAUUCUUAUCAAGUCCAUUAAUUACUACCAGAAUAAUAUGUCCCCAUUGGGGCCCCAGGCCAGUUGACAAAACCAGGUCUUCAGGUCCUUUCAGAAGGCCAAUUUGCCUUCUAAAUAUGCCGGCAUAGGUAAAGCAGGCCAAUCCCAUUGGGAUUAAUGAUUCCUCAGAUAGCUUGGAUUUGUGCUAUGAAUGGCUUUAAAGGUAAUAACCAACACCUUGAAUGGGACCUGGAAGCAAACUGGCAAUCAAUGUAGUUGUGAAACAGCGGUGUAACAUAGCCCAUCCUAUGUCUGCUGUCAGCACAGCUGCAAUCUGUCCCAGCUGAAGCGUCUGAAUACUCUUCAAGGGUAAUGCCAUGUAGACUGUAUUGCAAUAGUCCAAGUAUGAGAUGACUAGGGCUUGAGUGACUGAGUUCAGGGACUCCCAAUCCACAAAGUGCAAAGACUCUCCUAGCCAUGAUUUCCACCCAGUGGUGAAAUCUGAACCGGUUUGCUACCGGUUCACGUGCUGCGCAUCAAAUGCAUGCGAGCGCACCAAACACAUGCAGGGUGCGUGCAUGCGCAGUACACGCCAAAAGGAGGCUUGGGAAGGUAAGUGGAACAGUGAGAGGGGGAUCAGCUGUGUCAGCUGUGCCAUGCGAUUUGGCACGAUUUAGCAGGAUUUCCUGCUUUCUAGCAAAGCUAAACCGCGCGGCACAGCUGAUCGCCGGAAAUACCGGUUCAGAGAAACCAGUAGCUUUUUUAAACUACUGGUUCGACCAAACUGGUAACUUUCUUUUACUACCAAUUUGCCCAAACAGGAACGAACUGGUAGCAUUUCACCCCUGCUUCCACCUGCUCUUCGAGUAGUAGUCAGGUGUUCAGAAGAACACCCAAAUGGUGCACUGGGUCUCUCUGAGGUAGGGCAACCCCAUCCAGAAUUAAAUAUGUUAAAGUCCUGACUCCCAAAGCUCCAUGCAGUCAAAGCCACUUGAUCUUACCAGGAUUCAGCUGAAGCCUGUUGUCCCCCAUCCAGAGGCCCACAGCAUCUAGAUACCAAGAGAGGCAGCGACAGCAGCCCUUGGAACAUCAGGGUUAAGAGAUGUAAAGUUGAGUUUCAUCAGCAUACUGAUAGUACCUCAUCCUGUGGUGGUGAACUAUCUCAUCCAACAGUUUCAUGUAGGCGUUAAAAGGAGUGGAGAGAGUAGUGAGCCCUGUGGUACAUCAUAAGUGAGCGGCCAUCGACUGGACUUUUCACUCCCCACCAAUAUUGAUCCGGACCCACCCGGGCCAAAUCCUGCAGCCAGCCCAAAAGGAUACCAUAGUCAAUGAUACUGAAGGCCUCUGAGAGGUCAAGGAGAACAAGGAUGGAUGCACUACUCCCAUCUUGCUUUCACCAGAGAUGAUCAAAAAGGGCAACCAAUGCUGUUUCUUCAUUGCUGUAUUUCCUAGAUAUGAAACAAAAUCUUAGAUGUUAGUAAGGGUAAUGAAUAUUUAAUAUAUAUAUAAAUAAAGAGAUACCAUGUAAAUAGCAAAAAUAGGCAAAUUAAACCUAUGCAGGGCAUCAAAAAGAGAAAAGGCAGUUUAGAGUUACAUGGCAUAGAAAUUGGUAUUUUUGCUAGCAACUCAUCUGUUUCGGAAAUUUGUUUUCUGACAAUGAGGAUUGGCUAAAGCUCUGCAUUAAUAUAUCAGCUGCCUCAAUCAAUCAAUAAUAACUGUCUUUCAUUUUCAACUGCUCAGUCCUGUUAUGCCUCUUUUUUAAACAAAUUUUGAAACCACUGGGACCAAAUCAUAGCAACUAGCAAGAAAUGAAUCAUUAGCUUAUGUCAAGAUACAUUUCUACAUCAGGGAGAAAGAAGCUUUAGCAUAGCUUCCUGCAAUAGAUGUUAAGAUUUUGCAAAUCCCAAACCAAAUCUUAUGAAACCAUCCUGAUUUGGUUUCAUAAGAAAAUCUAAGAUGCAAUGGCACAUGAAAACAGUUGACAAGUAUAUUCAUUAUUCAAAAUAUUCCUGGCAUGUCAUCUUGCUUAAUCUAAUCUGAAUUUCUAGCUUGUAACAAUAAAAGCAAAGCAACAGCCUCAUUGGAUCCGAAGGCUGAGACAGAAUAUGUCUCUGAUAAAAGUUCCACUUUUUCUCCUUCUUCCUUUUUGCUCUCUAGAUUCCAUCAUGGAUUUAGAAGUGGGAAAAUUCCUCAGGAAUCUUCUGAUCUCAUUAGCUAUAGAAACCAGCAGUUUUACAUAUUUGCAUGAUAAAUCACUUUUUUUACAAUGGGACAAUAGUUUUAAACCAUCUAUAUAAAUUGUAUCUUAUAUUUCUAAUAAGACAAGAGUAUAUAUGAUCUUGAAGAUAGAACAUCUAUAUAGAUUAUUCACAUUCUAUUAAAUACCCUUUCAAAGAAAUAAGUAGGACAAUUUUUAGUACAGAAUCUUUGUAGUUUUGAAAUAUGUUUUCAGUUUUAGUAGUGUUGGUCAUGUUUUCUUAAUAUACAAUAUUUAUACUUUCUUUUAAAAUCAGCUGUACAAAAAGGAUGAAGUGUUAUGAUAAACGAAUGCCAUUGCGAAUGUAACUGUAAACAAUAAAGAAAACAGUUAAUAGCA